AUGCCACGAGAAAAGACUCCCAAAAUAAAGACAAAAAAGAAGAAAAUUUUACUUACUCCAGAGAAGGUCCUUCUCUACAAGUACCAUCGAGAAACCGUUCAAUUACAUUUUCAAUUCGAAACUGAAAUUGAAACCAAUGCCAUCUAUGAGAAGAAACAAAAGAUAAUUAAAAAGUAUGGACGAAAUAACAUGAAGAUUAAAAUUCCGCAAGACUUGUGGUCCCGAAGAACACAACCUUCUCAUUCGAUGACGACGACAACAACCUUUCCUGCCAACAAGAUUCAUGAUUCUAAUGUCUUUCUCUGUCGAAUUCAAAACGAUGAUGGUUCCAUGUGUAAAAUCACAGCAUGUCUUAAUUCAAGCUCAUCACAGAGAUCCAAAACGUCAUUGGAAUUUGAAUUUCCAUGUGACUUGAUCAAACAAACCAUUUCUGAAAACUUUACUGAGGCCUAUAUAUUGGGAACUGAUUACGUUUUAUUCACAAGAUCUGUACAUGCGACUCACGCUCCGUCAAAACCAGAGAUUGAUAGGAAACUCAAGUUGAGUGCAGUGUCAAGACCUUCUGAAGAGGUAUUGAAGGGUAUGGCUCAGGAAAUGUCUCGUGUUGACUUGCAGGACAAGAUUGAGAAGAUGUCUUACAGUGAUUUGACAAAGAUUCAUGAAUACAUUACAUGCAUUUCAUCCCCAACACCAAUAACACCAACAACAUCAACAAGUUCGACAACCAAUCAAGCAGCAAAUGCUCCGUUCGAGUUAAAUCCCGAAUUCCCUUUCCCGACCGUAGCUCCAACAAGUGAAAAUCUCAAUGUUGAUCAGGAACAAUUGGAAGCUCCACAGAAGUUGGCAACAACAUACCCUCUCGUGAAUGAGAUAGAAGCUUACUUACUUGAUACAAACAUGGCUGUUGGUACUGGGGGUCUUUUACAAACCAAUACAGAUCCGUCAAGUGCCAAUACAGAUCAGCAAGAAGAAGAAGAAGAAUCGGACAAUGUCAUGACCGACGAAACUGAUCGUCGUAAUGGUAAUAGUUUCCUUCAUCAAUAUUACACCCAAAACGGACAAGUGUUGUCAAACCCAAGCCUUGUGGAUGAAUUCACCUCUCCAACUGAAUCAAAUUUGAUCGAAAGUGAGUGGGAUGAAAGCCCCAGCGAGGAACGCUCCAAGGAUUUGCUAUCGAUUGAAACCUUCUUCUCCAAGAUCCAUGACGAACUUUGA